AUGAUGUUGAUAUGCUUCACUUUGAUUCAGUGCCAGAGAUUGUCAAAUCACGAAUUGCAUCUGCUCAAUUCCAGUCAGGGUUUAGUAAAAGAUGACUGGAUUAUAGAAGAUGAAGAUGAAAAUUGUGAUGUCGUGGAAGAAGCUCCAUGGAGUCGAUAUUUCUUCCGUGGCAUGAUAGUUGGCUUUUUAAUUGGUUUGGGUGGUGGUGUUCUGCUCGGCUUUCUUUGUUGGCAAGUUCAAGUGCAUAAAAAAACUACAAUUUGUAAUUGA